AUGGUACUCAGUGAAGGAGACGACUCCGAUGGCUUCCUGCAUCAGCAGCCUGAGUUAGUGGUCAUGAGGGACAGAGAUUUGACUAUGAUACAGACUUUCAACCUAGUGAAAGGAAAUGGUAUCUUUCUAACUUACAUUAUCUGCUUGCCAGCACAGUUAGAAAUUUGUGUGACGCACCCAAUCCUUGGCUACCACGGGAACUAUGCUCAAAAUUAUGUAAAUAAGCACAUUAUAUUGCAACGACACUGUCUGAGCAAGCAGUGGACCUGCAAGCGUGAAUGCAUCUCUAUUCAUGUUGGUCAGGCUGGAGUUCAAAUAGGAAAUGCAUGCUGGGAACUCUUCUGCCUGGAGCAUGGCAUUCAGCCAGAUGGCACCUUCAAGAAUCUGCCCAAUAAACUCAACUACGAUGAUUCUUUUACCACUUUUUUCAGCGAAACCAUCACUGGGAAGCACGUGCCGCGGGCUGUAAUGGUGGACUUGGAACCAACCGUAGUAGAUGAAGUGCGGGCUGGUGCUUUCCGGCAGCUUUUUCAUCCGGAACAACUGAUCACUGGAAAGGAAGAUGCAGCUAAUAACUAUGCACGUGGCCACUACACCAUUGGCAAAGAAAGCAUUGAUACGGUACUUGAUCGUAUUCGUAAACUGACUGAUGCCUGCUCAGGGCUACAGGGAUUCCUGAUUUUCCACAGCUUUGGUGGGGGCACUGGCUCUGGCUUUACCUCCUUACUGAUGGAACGCCUCUCCCUGGACUAUGGAAAGAAGUCCAAGUUAGAGUUUGCCAUCUACCCUGCUCCCCAGGUCUCCACCGCUGUGGUGGAGCCCUACAAUUCCAUCCUGACCACGCACACCACCCUCGAGCACUCGGACUGCGCCUUCAUGGUCGAUAACGAGGCUAUCUAUGACAUCUGCCGCCGAAACUUGGACAUUGAGCGCCCGACUUACACUAACCUCAACCGCCUCAUCAGCCAGAUUGUCUCCUCCAUCACCGCCUCGCUGCGCUUCGAUGGUGCCCUCAACGUGGACCUGACCGAGUUCCAGACAAACCUGGUACCCUACCCGCGCAUCCACUUCCCCUUAGUGACCUACGCCCCCAUCAUCUCUUCCGAGAGAGCGUAUCAUGAGCAGCUCUCGGUGGCAGAAAUCACCAGCUCCUGCUUUGAGCCCAACAACCAGAUGGUGAAGUGUGACCCGCGACAUGGCAAGUACAUGGCCUGCUGCAUGCUGUAUCGUGGUGACGUAGUUCCCAAAGACGUCAACGUAGCAAUUGCUGCCAUCAAGACCAAGAGAGCUAUCCAGUUUGUGGACUGGUGUCCAACAGGCUUCAAGGUUGGGAUCAACUACCAACCUCCUACAGUAGUUCCUGGAGGAGACCUGGCCCAGGUUCAGCGAGCAGUCUGCAUGCUGAGCAACACCACAGCCAUCGCAGAGGCCUGGGCAAGGCUCGACCACAAGUUUGACCUGAUGUACGCCAAGAGAGCCUUUGUGCACUGGUAUGUGGGGGAAGGCAUGGAGGAAGGAGAAUUUGCAGAGGCCCGAGAAGACCUGGCUGCCCUGGAGAAGGAUUAUGAGGAAGUGGGAACUGACUCAUUUGAAGAUGAAAAUGAUGGGGAGUAAUUUUAAAAUACACUUUGCCCCAUAGUGAGCACAGAAUUGUCUCUGUACUGCUUUAUUGCACCUGUAUACCAUCAGGUCACCCCUUUGCAUAAAAUACACAGAAUUUAGAAGGGGUCAUACACGGCCAUUUUUUGUUCCAUAUAUCCCAGGUAAAUCUUCCUGUGAGAUAAUAUCAGUUGCAGUAAUGGCCUACCACUCCCAGUAAUGCAACAAAGACUUGGUCUUCUUCCUUCCACGUUUAAUGUAAGCCUCUUCAAGCUCUAACACACAUACCAAAAUCCCUGUAAUUUAAUAUAUACAAGCUUAUAACGGAGCAGAGUGAAACAGCAUAGCUUUCAAAGUUCACAUUUGGCUUUCCUUCACCUUUUGCUUGUUCACGUCAAAAAAUACUGAAAAUGGAGAAAUGGGUCUUCUCCUCUGUGGUUUAUGGUCCUCUCAGUGAACUUCACCUUAGUGACCUAAAAGUGACAUUUCAUUCUUCUGUGAAACACCCAUUUCUGAUAAAGCACACAUUUUCCUCGAAAAGGGUAAAGCAAUGCCAUUUUUCCACAUUUGGGGGAUACAUACCUGUGUUGUGAACACAAAUAUAAUUUUUGGCUGCGUCCAAAAAUUUUACAGCUGCAGCAGGUUCAAGAAAUUAUCUUCUGUGCAUCUCCGGGAA